UGAAUAAAUGAGUGAGUGAGUGAGUGAGUGAGUGAGUGAGUGAGUGAGUGAGUGAAUAAAUGAGUGAGUGAGUGUUCCCACUGUUCUCUGCCCCCUCAUUUGGCGGUCUGGACCUAUUUGGAGCACACAAAAGACCUGCUGCCAUCCCCUUGUGCUGGUCUGAAGGAGUGCUCCGAACAGACUGGUUCCUAGCCGUCAUCCCUCGUCUUUUAGCAUCUCCAAAGCUGUCCUGGCAAGUCCUGAAGAAACCUGCAGAAGAAAUGCUGGCCCAGUUCCCACUUGGCCGCGCUCCCGAGCGUGGCACUAAAGGUCAGAGGUUCACUCCUGUGGAAUCCCAGUCCUCUUGUGCACUGGUCUCCCUGUUCUUUCCAGCCCCCUAAGCUGAUAAACCGCGUGGGGAGAGGCAGGACAGGGGGGAGGAGAAUGUGAUGUAACCUCUGACUGCGGCCAAGCCUCGCCACAAGCCCACGGUGCCUGCGGCUCGCCCCGGGGUUCUGGUGGCCGCCGCAGUUUGGGAGGCUGAAGAAGAAGGCGUGAAGAUGCAGCAGGGCUGCGGGAGACCCUAGCGGGUGAUGUGCACACCUCCCCGGUGAGAGGGAAGCCGAGGGCAGUGUGCAGCUCUCUGUGCUGCCGCUGCCCCUGCGCCGCCCCGGCUGGACACACCUGGAGCGCACCGGGAUGCUCGGAGCCAGCUGCGGUGAGUCCGCUCCUCUCCUGCCCCUUCCCACGCUUGGGCAGGGAAGGGAGGGAAGGGGAGUGUUGGGGGGGGGGGCAUGUAACCGUGUGGAAUCCCUGCUGGAUUGACUCUGAGCCGGCUGAUAAUCGCCGACUAAUCUGGGUGCUGGCAGAGCGCGCCCGGAUUACAAGGGCGUGUGGCUCUGUGUCAGGAUGGGUGUGACACUCUCAGGGGGCUCGGGGUUGGGUCACAGGAACACCCCGAAAGGGGCUUGGGAUUAACUGCAGGAGAGAAAUUUGGGGGUGUCUGUCACCAGCACGAUGUUGGGCAUGGAUGUCACAGUCUGUGAGGAGACUUUGACUCCUUUUCUCCAUGCCAGCAGGAGAUGGAGCUGGGAGGGAGCUGGUCCUGUGUGUUUGCUGAUGGACAGAACUGGAGCAGGUAGCUCAGGCUGUUGAAAUUAACUGGAGAAAAGUGUUUUCUAGGAGAACUUCCAAGUGCCAUUGAAAACAUCUCCCUGCUAAAGGAAAGAAGGGAAGAGGAGGAUCACCGUAAUUUGUAUGAAACUUGGGAUGGCUUCAACUUGGCAGAAAACUCAGGAAUUCUACAACUGGAUUCUUGAAAGUGGAGAUCCAAGGACAGACCCGUGGCCACUGGUCUACUCCCCAGUUCCUGUCACCCUGGUCUUCACCUCCUACCUCUUGUUGGUGGCACUGGGGCCAUCCUGCAUGCGGCAGUGUCGGCAGCUGCAGCUGCGGGCUCUGCUGCUCGCCUACAACCUGGCCAUGGUGGCAUUGUCCAGCUACAUGUUCUACGAGUUUCUGGUCACUUCAGUCUUGGCCAACUACAGCUACCUGUGCCAGCCAGUGGAUUACAGCCGGAGUGAGCUGGGAAUGAGGAUGGCAAGAGUGUGUUGGUGGUUCUUCUUCUCCAAAGUCAUCGAGCUGCUGGAUACGGUUUUCUUAAUUCUGCGCAAGAAACAGGAGCAGGUGACUUUUCUGCACGUGUACCAUCACGGCUCCAUGCUCUUCAACUGGUGGUCAGGAGUCAAAUACGUGCCUGGAGGACAAGCCUUCUUUAUUGGGAUGCUCAACUCCUUUGUCCACAUCUUCAUGUAUGGCUACUACGCCCUGGCCAGCCUGGGACCGCAGAUGCGCCCGUACCUGUGGUGGAAGCGUUACCUGACCAUCCUGCAGCUGUGCCAGUUUGUGGCUGUUGCUGCUCAUUCUUCCUACAACCUCUUCACAGAGUGCCCAUUCCCUGAUGGCUUCAACACUGCAGUCUUCCUCUACAGCCUCAGCCUCCUGGCUCUCUUCCUACACUUCUACUACAGGACCUACAUUAGGGGAAAGAGGGAAAAGCUGGCUUAAAGGAGAUCAGAGGGCACAGAGAGCAGAGUCUGAGGAACGUGCGUGUUCUCUGCUGCUUGUGACGUGCUUGCAGGAAGAAAAUGUGUCUGGGGAGUGUGUGUGAGGCUCAUGUCUUGCCUUCAAAUAUCCCAGGUUAGGGAGAAGAAAGGAAUGAUGUAAACUCAGGGAUUAAGGAACUGAGGAGCACACUUAAUUAAGCUGAGGCCAAGAUGAGCCAAGUAGUCACCAGCAGAGCAAGCCUUGGGACAUUUGCAAGAUAAGGUCUCCUUCCCUUCCAUCUUUAACUCAGUGUCCAAGGUCUAGCAGCCAGCUAGAGCUCCCUGCCUCAUUCCUUAGGCUGUAGAGGGUUUCUUUGCAUCCACAAAACUAUCCCAGCCUGUAGAUCAGGCAGGGUCAUGUGCCUCCAGCCUGGAAAUCAAUGUCCAGGUAGCAGCAGCAGCCAGGAAUCCACACUCAGCUGUACACUGCAUCCUACUCUGCCCUGCUAAGGGAGCUCCUACUAGGUGCUCCUGAUGGUUUAACUUCAUAUCAGGAACAUCAGCAAGGAAACUGGACAUUAGGUUGUCUGGCUGGGCAAGUGUCUUCACUGCCCUGGAGCUAAAAAAGGCAUUAUUAGAACUUUCACCCUAAUAAGAAACUAUGAAAACUAAUAAGAGUCACCACGUCCCAUUUUCUGGAAUGUUUGUUUCCCUUUGGUUGUUCUCACACCAACAGAGGAUUUUAAUGCAUAAAGAUACUUGGUAUUACUCCUUAUAGAUGCCAUAAUUGAACUAGAAAGAAUAGAUUACUGUUCCCUAUUCAUAACUUAUUUUCUCCAAUUUGUUAUUAUUUUUAAUACUGUUAUUUUAAAAUUUUGCUUCUUGUCAAACCUAAAGAGUUUAACACCACUGUAAGCAACCACCUUCACUACCUAAUUGUAUAAGAAUUAAUACAAAAUGUAUAAAAUCAAUUCAUUGAGUAGUGCAAAGCUGCAUAGUCCCAUUGAUUUUAAGACAUCACUCACUGGCUUCUUUUUUUGCUCCUAAAUCAAUUACAACUAGAAUUUGGCAUUUACAUUCAUCUUCAGGCUGUUAAUACUGUUAAAGUUUCAAUAUAGUAAUGCUUUGAAAAUCCUAAUUAAACUACAAAGUGGUAAUUAU